AUGGUUGCCCAUGAAAUAGUUUGCGCUGGAGUAAGGAGAAGGAUUGGAAAUGGGGAAAAAACUCUGAUCUGGGGACAUCCCUGGUUGCCUGAUGAUCCAAGUCCUUUAAUACAGACAGAAAUGCCUGAGGAACUGCGUGAGGCAAGGGUUGUAGGCUUGAUUGACCAACAGACGAAAACAUGGGAUCCUCAUAUUUUAAGUGAUUUAUUUGAACCUGAUGAUGUGGCCCGGAUAUAUAGGAUCCCUGUAAGCCCGGAAUAUGAAGACUCGUGGUAUUGGUUUAAGGACCCAAGGGGUGAAUAUUCUGUUAAAAAUGCAUACAGGCAGAUUGUUGGAAAUUAUGAAAAUAAUUCGGGUACCUUUGAUAAGUGGAUCACAUUGUGGAAGUUGAAAGUCCCGCCCAAAUGGAAAACCUUUUUGUGGAGAGCCUUAUGUGAUAUCCUCCCAACCACAAACAACCUGAUUAUAAAGAGAGUAGAAGUUGAUCCUACAUGUCCAAUGUGUGAUACAUCUCAUGAGAAUGUUAUGCAUACAUUAACUUCUUGUGAUUAUUCUAGAAUUGUUUGGAAUAUUUCGGGUUUGCCUGUUACAAAUAUUAUUGCUGCUACUUUUCCAGAAUGGAUAAUGGGUGCUAUGGCCAACUUAACGGAGGAGCAAUUUGCCACACUGGUAGGAGUUCUUUAUCAUUUAUGGAAUGCCCGAAACGAAGCUGUGUGGAACAGAGCAUUACCGCCACCUCCCGCUACAUGGAGACGUGCGGCCGCGGCAAGAACGGCGUAUACCCAGGCACACUGCCCGAGCAGUGUUCCACCAGCGCAGCAGCCUCCACCGGUGCUUCACGGACGGCCGCGGUGCUUCUUCGACGGAGGAUUUCGGCCGCAGACGGGAGACGCGGCUUAUGGCGUAGUAUUACUCCACCCGGAUGGUUCAUUCAAGGCCGCAACAAAUGACAAACUCAUGGCUUGUUUGUCACCUCUUAUGGCGGAGGCCCUAGCAUGCAAAGAAGCGUUAUCUUGGCUCAAGGAGCGGAACGAACUUGAUGUGGAUAUGCUGACUGAUUGCACACAACUACGACAUCACUUGCUAUCUAGUCCUACGACCAUCCUAUCUUAUGAAGGAGUGGUGGAGGAUCAAUGUCGGGCAAUUAUGGCCCUUUUUACGUAUUGCUCUUUUAAUAUUGUUUCUAGACUAGUUAAUGUUAGUGCUCAUACUUUAGCUACACUAGCUUUUGAUCAGGAACACUCUAUGUAUUGGGACUAUGUCCCUCCUGACUGCUUGAUUCCUUUCAUUAAUUAA